AUGUAUAAGAUGGAUGGAUACUCCUACCUGAACUCCUACGACUCCUGCAUGGCGGCCAUGGAGGCGUCGGCCUACGCGGACUUCAGCUCCUGCAGCCAGGCCAACAGCUUCCAGUACAACCCCAUCCGGAGCGGCUUCGGGCCGAACCCGGCCUGCCCCCCUCUCAGCUCCGCGAGCUGCACGCUGGGCGCCCUGCGCGAGCACCAGCCCGCCCCGUAUUCCACAGUGCCCUAUAAGUUCUUCUCCGAUCCGUCCGGUUUAAAUGAGAAGCGCAAGCAACGGCGGAUCCGCACGACCUUCACGAGCUCCCAGCUGAAGGAGCUGGAGCGCGUGUUUGCAGAGACGCACUACCCGGAUAUCUACACGCGCGAGGAGCUCGCGCUCAAGAUCGACCUCACUGAGGCGCGUGUGCAGGUGUGGUUUCAGAACCGGAGGGCUAAGUUCCGCAAACAGGAGCGAGCUGCCAACUCCAAGAGUUCUGGCGGUGUGGGCGGGUCCAGCGGUAAGAAGGGCAGCGGUUCGGGAGAGGCCCGCUCUUCCUCCGAGGAUGACGAGUCCAAGGAGUCGUCCUGCAGCCCCACCCCUGACAGUACGGCCUCCCUGCCCACAGGGGGCAGUCUCAGCCCCAGCCCAGGGCCCCCCGGAGCCCCCCAGGGCCUCAAGCCUGUCAGUUGGCCCCCACUCAACCCUGCCCUCAGCCCCUCCCACAACAUAAGCCCCUCCUCCCAGGGCCAAGAGCUGUUGAAGGCGUGGGGAAGCGAGGGGGCGGGGUUAGGGGCGGGGUUAGGGGCUGGGCUGGGGGUGGGGCCGUUUGCAGGUGUUCUCUCCUCCUUCCAGAGGAAACCCAACGCCCUGAAGACCAACCUGUUCUAG